GCAAGCAGAAAAUCAAAAAAAAAUCUCCAAAAAUCCUAAGGGUAAUCAUGGUAUGGUCACUGGAAUGAUCACUAAUAAUUCUUCUAUGUCAAGUGACAGAACCAUUAGCUCCAUAGAAUGUAGGAGUCGGCAUAAAGAAAAGGAAGAGUUGGUAGAAAGUGAUGAAGAAUUGAUUACAAGCAGUGAUGAUUAUGUUCCCGAGACUGAUUCGGAUGAUGAGAGUUCAUCACAUUCGGAAGUAAAUCCAUUGCCAAAAAGGAGUAACCACAAUGUUGAUAGUAGUGAAAAAGAAAAAGAGUUUGAUGAAUCCCAAACACCAGGCAAGCAGAAAAGCAAAGAAAUCUCAAAAAAAGCUAAGGUUAAUCAUGGUAUGGUCACUGUAAUGACCACUAAUAAUUCUUCUUUUCGAUCAUAUGAUAAACCAGCCUACUGUUAUGUAUGCUCUCGCCCUAUGAAAAAACUGAUAGUUCACAUGAUUCAACACAGUAAUGAGCCCAUGGUUGCUAAAUGGUUAGCUGCUAAGAAAGGACCAGAUAAAGAUAAAUUAUGGAUCAAAAUCCGAAAUUAUGGGAAUCAUCUUCACAACUACGAGGUAUUAAGAGAAGGAGUUGGUCAACUAAUAGUUGUUUAUCGCCCAAAUGAAUAUGGGGAUCCCAAUGAUUACCAACCGUGUGUUGAUUGCCUUGGAUACUUCUCUCGAAAUGAGUUCUACAGACACAAGUGCAAAUUAAGAAUGGUGAAGGAUUCUGAAGAUGUUGAAAUAAAGACAAAAAAAUGUAAUGUCAAAGAUGGACGUAUGCUGUUACCUCCGCCCAAAGGUGUACUUGCUGGUGAGGUGCUCCACAAAAUUUUGUGCUCCCUUCAAAGUGAUGAUAUAUCCAGAUGCAUCAAAGGAGAUUCUGUUAUACUGGAUUUGGCCAAAAAAUUGUGUUUCAAACAUGGUCAUGACAAAGAACAAUUUAAAACACUACGUUGCAAACUUAGAGAAUUAGCACGUCUGGUAUUAGAAUACCGGCAUAUUAGUGGAAACGAGUGUGCUACAGCGCUUGACUUAAUUGUGCCGUCAACCUUUACAGUUCUACUCAGAGCUGUGAGAGGUGUUUCCGGAUUUGAUAAUGAAACACACCAAUACAGAACACCAAGUUUAGCUCUAAAACUUGGGCACUUACUAAAGAAAGUGGCCAUGCUUAUUGUGUGUCAGGCUUUGACUGAAGGAAACACUGCCAAAGAGAAGCAGCGAUGUAGUCCUGCUCUCAAAAUACUUAAGGCAUGA